AUGACCGAGGCGCAAAAGUAUCAGGGCGCAUUAUAUAAAGAGAAGCCAGCGAAGAACACGAAGAAGAAAGCUGUCACCAUAGCUGAGGACGCUGUUGUCAAGUCUCUCAACCCAUACGUCGAAGAUGCGCCCGAUGUAGACGACUAUCGUGGAGCACCACCGCCAGCACCCAGCCCUCCUCAGGUUAAAAACACAGACACAACCGUGGCUAAACCAAGGUCUGAGAAGAUCGAUGUGUUCGACUUUCUCGACUCAUCUACUACCCCCAACGCCUCCAAGACCGAUCUCAAUGAGUCCAUGACCAUGGUCGACCAUGCCCCUCCCAUCUUCAACUCGCCCAAGCAGCUUGCCCGGAUAGAUAGCGAGCGGGAUGAGGAGGACGCAGGAUACGAUGUUGCCUAUGAAGAGAACGGCUUCUCGUACGGGGCGGGCCCGAUACCACCUGCGCCGCCGUACAGACAGGAUUCCAACAUGUCUCUCCUCUCCGCCGGAUCGAGCGAGCUCAUGACUCCUGCGCAGAAAUGGGAGCGGGAGCGGCAGCAGUGGCUUCACGACCGGCGCGUAAGGCGAGACCGUCCUCCUCCGUCUCUCGAGCGCAGCAGGACCGACAGCAGUCUCACCACGAGUGACAAGAAGCGAAAACGCGGACAGCCUGGUCCCUCCGACUCAAACGCAGCUCCAGAGCACUCGCGCUAUGACUACGAGGUUGACACUCCCAUGAUGGAUGCCUCCGUAUCAGGUCAUCCCGCCCUCCACGACCGCCCUCCACCAUUACUGCAUUCAGGUCUGACCGGCAACCUCAGCCGUAUGAUGCGUUACUCGGUCUCACCAGACUACUCGGACGAGUACCGUAGCGACAACUCCAACGGCGAGUACGCGCGCGGACAGGACCACGAGCAGAGCUCGCCCAUCAAACGCAGCAAACGCAACAAGGAGCCCGCUGGACCUGGAGAGAACGGCCUGGGAAUAUCGAUGAAGGGGCAGGGUCGCACAGCAGGGAAGCUCAUCUCGCUCCUCAGUGCUGGCGCCACUAUCGACCCGACAACCAAGGCACUCGUGCGAACCAAGAGACGCACCUCAGAGGGGUCGUCUGCCGCAACCCCUGUGGCCUCCACAUCACGCGAACUCAUGCAGGCGAAGAAAACUAAACGGCCAAAGACACGCCAGCUGUCCGAGGUCGGCAGCUCCAGCAAGACUCGGCGCAGGAUAAGCGGCAGCAACGCACCCGAGGACACCGACUCGGAACGAGCCGACAAGGACCAGCGCAAGAUGAAGGCGAUUGAGUAUAAACGCCUCAACGACUCGGACGAAGGGGUCGCCAAACGCAGCAAGACGGACAACAGCCAGAUGGUCCUCUAUAAAACCGGCCACGGCGACGAGAGCGAGUUCGAUGAGAAACUCCGUGUCGAGAAGGCCAGCGUCUUCUUGUCCCUGGUCAACAAGGGACCUGACAGCGAGCGCGGAUGUUCAGUGCACAAGAUCUUGAAGCGCUAUCAUCGUCUCGAGUCGCCGUCUCGCUCUGGUUCGCCGGAGGCCAGGGACAGGGACAAGGACGGUAAGGAAAGCUCCAAGUCGAGAGGACGAGGCCGGGGACGCAACCGAGCCGGCGAGAAGGAGAGAAAGGAAGAGGAAGAGCAGCAGCUUUGGCGCACGCUGAGAGUCAAGAGGAAUGACAACGGCGAGAUGGUCCUUUUCCUGCCGUGA